AUGGAGGAGCAAAGACUUGGAAGCUCGAACAGCCCACUUCGAGGUGUCUUAGCAGAUCUUAAAGGAAGAGCCUUGUGUUACAAGCAAGAUUGGGUCUCUGGUCUCCGUUCUGGCUUCGGGAUUCUAGCACCAACGACAUACAUUUUCUUUGCCUCUGCACUUCCGGUUAUCGCCUUUGGUGAACAACUUAGCCGCGACACAGAGGGAACGUUGAGCACAGUAGAAACGUUAGCAUCAACAGCGUUAUGUGGAGUGAUACACUCAAUCCUGGGAGGACAGCCGUUGUUGAUACUUGGAGUUGCAGAACCAACUGUCUUAAUGUAUGUUUACUUGUACAACUUCGCUAUAGGAAGACCAGAAUUAGGCAAACAACUCUACUUAGCUUGGGCUGCUUGGGUUUGCGUGUGGACGGCUCUGUUACUGUUCCUAAUGGCGAUCUUCAACGCGGCUGAUAUCAUUAACCGGUUCACGAGGAUUGCCGGUGAGCUGUUCGGUAUGCUGAUCUCUGUUCUGUUCAUCCAACAAGCCAUUAAGGGAAUGGUGAGUGAGUUUGGGAUGCCAAAAGAUGAGGACUCAAAGCUUGAAAAGUAUCAGUUUCAGUGGCUUUACACAAACGGACUUCUUGGUCUCAUUUUCACAUUUGGCCUUCUCUUCACCGCUUUGAGGAGCAGGAAAGCAAGGUCUUGGCGAUACGGAACUGGAUGGUACAGAAGCUUCAUCGCAGACUAUGGAGUUCCUUUGAUGGUUGUGGUUUGGACAGCACUGUCUCUAACUACGCCGUCAAAACUCCCCUCUGGUGUCCCUAGAAGACUCUUUAGUCCACUUCCAUGGGACUCUGCUUCUUUAACUCAUUGGACUGUCAUCAAGGACAUGGGAAAAGUCUCUCCUGGCUACAUCUUUGCGGCGUUUGUACCUGCAGUGAUGAUUGCAGGGCUCUACUUCUUUGACCACAGCGUUGCCUCGCAACUCGCUCAGCAGAAGGAGUUCAACCUCAAGUACCCUUCUGCUUAUCACUACGACAUUCUCUUGCUGGGAUUCAUGACGUUGAUCUGUGGAUUGCUUGGUCUUCCUCCUUCUAACGGAGUCCUUCCUCAGUCUCCUAUGCACACCAAAAGCCUCGCUGUUCUCAAACGACAGUUGAUCAGGAGGAAGAUGGUGAAGACAGCCAAAGAAAGCAUCAGCAAGAGAGAACCUCCUUCCCAAGUGUUCCAAAACAUGCAACAAGUCUUCAUAGAAAUAGACAAAAGCCCACUUGCUCAGACAAACACAGCAGUGAUGACUGAGCUGAAAGAUCUGAAAGAAGCAGUGAUGAAGAGCAAUGACGAGGAAGGAGAGAGAGACAUGGAGAAUGAUUUCGAUCCAGAGAAGCACAUUGAUGCUUACUUGCCUGUUCGAGUCAACGAGCAGAGAGUGAGCAACCUGUUGCAGUCACUGCUAGUGGCAGGUGCUGUGUUAGCUAUGCCUGCCAUUAAACUCAUACCUACGUCAAUUCUUUGGGGAUACUUCGCUUACAUGGCCAUCGAUAGCCUCCCUGGAAACCAAUUCUUCGAACGUAUAAUGCUUCUCUUCGUCUUACCAAACCGGAGAUUCAAGGUCUUGGAGGGAGCGCACGCGUCGUUCGUGGAGAAUGUUCCUUAUAAGACAGUGGCUGCGUUCACACUCUUGCAGAUAUUAUACUUUGGACUGUGUUACGGAGUGACGUGGAUUCCGAUAGCCGGAAUUAUGUUUCCGGUUCCUUUCUUCCUGUUGAUAGCCAUCAGACAGUACAUUCUCCCAAAGCUCUUUAAACCGGCUCAUCUCCAAGAACUCGAUGCGGCUGAGUACGACGAAAUCCCCGGUACUCCUGGAAACCCGCUCGAACCGUCUUUCCGGUUGACUGAGUCGACGAAAGGCGUCCAAGACCAAGAGUACGAUGCUGAGAUAUUAGACGAGCUAACGACGAGCAGAGGCGAGCUUAAGGUCCGUACGGUCAGUCUUAACGCAGACAAAGGCAACCAGAUUUAUCCAAAGGAAACACAAGAAGAAUCACAAGAUUGUUCUUUCAAGUGA